AUGUCUUCACGAAAUAACAAAAAAAAACGUCACGAUGAAACUUCGCUUGUAAAAUUGUCAAAAUCCUUAUCGUAUGUCCUUCGUCACCAUGCUAAAGACGAAGGUUUAAAUAUUCGUGGGGACGGAUAUGUCAAACUAGACGAUUUGUUGAGAUUACCGAGAUUCAAAGGAACGACUUUUGAUGAUAUUGAAUUCGUCGUUGAUAAUAAUGAUAAGAAACGGUUUACUUUGACGCAAGAAUCAUCAGAUGAUGGCGUUUCCUCGUGGUGGAUACGAGCAAAUCAAGGACAUAGUAUUGAGCUCGAAGAAAUUACGGACCCUUUGCAAUUUCCAGAAAUAAUACAUGGAACAUAUUUACGCAAUUGGAAAAAUAUAGGCCUUUCAAGGAUGCAACGCAAUCAUAUUCACUUGGCUACUGGGCUAUUUGGAGAUGAAGGUGUUAUAAGUGGUAUGAGAAAAACUUGUGACUUGUUCAUAUAUAUCGAUGCACCAAAGGCUAUGGAAGACGGCAUGAAGUUUUUUAGAUCAGCUAAUGGAGUUAUAUUAACGGAGGGUGUAAAUGGAUUUCUGAGCCCAAAAUAUUUUUUAAAAGUUGUGAAUAAAUAUGGAGAAGUCAUUAAACAAGCCAAUUCAUAA